CAUCAAACCAGAGCUAGUUUGAUUCAAAGCGAAAGAUAGAGCAGAGAAGAAUCUUUAUGGCCGAAACCCUCAUCUGCAUAUCUGCUGUCGCCGUCUUCCGCUCUCUCCCUUCAGCUUAUUACCCUUCAAUCAGCAAGUUGAGUGAUCGGAAUCAUGGGUGACACAAUUGAUUUGACCGGGGAUGGAGGAGUCCUGAAGACAAUAGUACGCCAAGCAAAAGCUGAUGCGCUCGGUCCAUCAGAGAGUAUUCCGCUUGUCGAUGUUCAUUAUGAAGGCACCCUAGCUGAAACUGGUGAAGUUUUUGACACUACGCAUGAAGACAAUACUAUCUUCACGUUUGAAGUGGGCAGUGGAAGUGUGAUUAAAGCUUGGGAUGUUGUGCUCAAAACCAUGAAGGUUGGGGAAGUCGCUAGGAUUACAUGUAAGCCAGAGUAUGCCUAUGGCAGUGCCGGUUCCCCACCUGAGAUCCCCCCAGAUGCGACUCUUAUUUUCGAGGUGGAGCUGGUCGCCUGCAAACCUCGCAAGGGUAGUCUAAGCAGCGCCUCCGAUGAGAGGGCAAGGCUGGAUGAGCUGAAGAAGCAACGGGAAGCAGCCGCUGCAGUAAAGGAGGAAGAGAAGAAGAAAAGGGAGGAAGCGAAAGCUGCCGCAGCUGCUAGGGUUCAAGCCAAACUCGACGCCAAGAAAGGCAAAGGGAAAGGCAAAGGCAAGUAAAAGAAGAUAUUGUGUGGAGAUGGUUGUAAUAAAGCUCAAGUAGCUGCACUAUAUAGACUACCCUCUUCAUAAUUUCUUCCACAAUGGUGAAAACAAGUUUAUCUCUAUAAAUACUGCUUCUAUGAA